ACAACUUAUAGAAUUCUAUGCAGUUCAAUAAGGUUAUCUACUAUCAAUUGAAAUUUGGGCUUGAGAAAGAUCAUACAGAUACCAGUGGUGCAACGAUAGGGGUAUCUGCACUAUUGGAUGAUUCAUGGUUAUCUGCUGAUAGCUUUUUAUACCAUCUUUGCAAGGACUUCUUUUCAUUGAUGCUAGAUGCCUCAUCUGUUGAUGGACAUCUGCUGUCGUGGACAAGGAAACUUAAAGAGUUGCUUGAGAACAAUCUAGGGUGGGAAUUUCAGCUAAACAGUGUAGUCAAUGGAAUAUACUUUGAAGAAGAUGACGAGUUUGCUCCGGUAGUAGAGAUGUUGGAUGACCCAAGUUGUAACUAACUUCGGCAAUUGAAGAUAGGGAUUGUGGUCCUCCAUCCCAUUAAUGUAAACACACUUUAGUUAUACCUAACUUGGUUUACAAUAUUUCACUUUCUUGCCAAAUUUUAAGGCAAAUUCUUUUUAGUUUUCACUAGUGUAGAAGAUAUAAAUAUUUUUGUAUAUUAUGAUAAAAAAGACUUGGUAUUUA